AUGGCCCAAGAUCUGGUGCUGAAGCAACGGAGUGAGCUCCUCAAUGAUCUGUGUGCGAGCGGCUUGUCCGAGCCCCUGGAGAAGGUCAUGGAUGUCCUCCUGGCCCGUGGGGAGCUUUCAUGGGAGGAUUACACCAACGUAAGCGUGCAGGGGAGGUCGCUUUACACCAACGCUAGACAUCUACUGGAUUUAGUUUACGCCAAGGGGGAGGCUGCGUGCCAGGCGUUUUUCGUGGCUUUACGGCAAAUCCAGACACCUGAAGAUCCAGGACCUGUCACCAGGACGCUUCUGACGCAAAGGCCCGGCUUGGUGAGAGAACUCCAAGGCUGCUUGGACGGUGCUCUAGAAGCUUUGCUUGAAUCGGAAUGCUUUACCCAGGAGGACUGCAGAGACAUACUCUUGCACAUACACACCCCCUCGCAGCAGGCUAGGCGGUUGCUGGAUCUUGUGAGCUCCAAAGGCGAUUCGGCAGCUAACGUGAUUCUUCGCUACAUUGAGCAAAAGCAAAACAACCUGAAACAAGAGACGACCACACCCAAAGAGCUCCUAAAAUACCAGAAAAAGUUGCGCAGUUCCAUUUUGGCUCAGUCAAGCUUCAUCAGCACCUAUGGAGGAACUGGCCACAUGUCGCUGGAUGACAUCUACACUGAAGGCAAACUUGAGCUGGCGCAUGACUGCAAAUAUCAAGGACAUCUGGGCCUGGAGGAUAUCGUUGCUAUGACAGGCACAGUGAAUGAGGAAGCAGACACGGUCCUGGUUUCCGGGGAUGCGGGCAGUGGUAAGAGCACCUUACUCCAGAGGCUGCAUCUUCUCUGGGCUCGAGGGGCCGCCCUCCAACAGUUCGUCCUCCUGUUCCCUUUCAGCUGCCGCAAACUGAAUUCGGAACUUGACGAGCUUUCUGUCCAAGAGCUGCUCUUCCGCCACUGCUGCUGGCCGGACUGUGAACAGGAUGAGAUCUUCCGUUUCAUCCUGGACCACCCGCACCUCGUGGUAAUCAUGUUCGACAGCCUUGAUGAGCUCAAACAGAGUUUCUCGGAUGAGCGCAGGCUCUGCUCCCCCACGCAGCCUGCCCCCGUGCACGUAUUGCUUUUCAACCUUCUCCAGGGAUCUCUCCUUAAGGGAGUGCUAAAACUGGUGACCAGUCGUCCAGAGGCUGUGGGUCCAAUGUUGAGGAUGCAUCUUCGCAAAGAACUCUUUCUCAAAGGCUUCUCUCCUGAAGGCAUUAACUGUUUUAUCAAGAAACAACACCGCGACUCAUUGGUGGCCUCCAAAGUCUUGGCAUCCAUUCAGGCAAACACAGCUUUAUUUGGACUUUGCCACAGUCCGGUCCUCUGCUGGAUUGUCUCACAAUGCCACAAGGAGCUGCUCGGCUGUGGAGACGGUACACCGCAGACCAUAACGGAUGUAUAUCUCAUGAUCCUUCAGCACUUCUUGCAGCACCAGAGUCCCCCGAAAUGUUCCCGUGGGCCCAGUUGGCUUAAGGAUCACCUGCUUGGCAUCUUGCAUUUGGGCAAGCUUGCUUUUCAGGGGGUGGAAUCUUCAUGUUACAUCUUCGCUAGCACUGACCUAGACACCUGCUGUGUUACGGAUCAGGACAUCUGUGCAGGCUUCCUCACCCAAACAAAAGACAUCCCAUCCCAUCAGAGUCUUCGAUACGAAUUCCUUCAUGUGACAAUGCAAUGUUUCUUUGCUGCGCUAUACAUCGUUUUGUCCAACAACACGAACCGCUCCACUGUCGCUGAGCUCUUUGAGUUGAAAGAUGUAGGUUUCAGUAGCACCUGCUUUGGGUCCUGUUUGUCAGCUGACCAACAACAGGGUCUCGUUGAAGCCCCCAAUCUACAAAUCACCGCCACUUUUGUCUGUGGCCUCCUUUCCCAGAGACACCGACACCUGUGGCUGGACUGUGCUCCGACACCAACUGUGGAGAGGAAAGCGCAACAGGUGGUCCGGUGCCUCCACAAAGGCAUGCAGAAGCACUUUAAGUCCAUCCCCAAGCCAGUUGAGGGUGAAAAAAAGAGCAUGCAUGCCAUGCCGGGCUUUGUCUGGCUCGUCAAGUGCAUCUACGAGAUGCGGGAGAGCAAUAUAGCCGAGGAAGCUCUUAGCAAGCUAGACGUGGACCAUUUGAAGCUGACCUACUGCAAUAUUGGACCCGUGGAGUGCACAGCCCUGGCUUUUGUGCUUCAGCACUUGAGGAGUCCUGCGGGAAUCCAGCUGGACAACAACUCUGUGGGAGACGUAGGUGUGGAGCAGCUCCUUCCCUGUCUUCAUAUUUGCAAGUCCCUCUAUCUCAGAAAUAAUAACAUCACCGACGAAGGGAUUCGCAAAUUGAUCGCGAAGGGAAUCCAGUGUGACAACUUCCAGAAAAUUGCACUUUUCAACAACAAGCUAACUGACGCUUGUACACAGCACAUUUCUCAUCUGCUGAAGACCAAGCAGAACUUCCUCAGUUUGAGGCUGGGCAACAACUGCAUUACAUCGGAAGGAGCUAAACAGCUGGCAAUGGGACUGGAGUGCAACCAUUCAUUGAUGUAUUUAGGGCUUUGGGGUAAUAAGAUUGGUGAUUCAGGUGCAGAGGCCAUUGCUAGUGCCCUGGAAGGCAGCAAAACUCUAGUAUGGCUAAGCUUGGUCGGCAAUGGGGUGGGCAGCAUCGGAGCUCGUGCCCUGUCCAAAACGCUCAAGACAUGCCCUUCGCUGGAGGACCUAUGGUUGACUGAAAACUGCAUUACCAAGGAGGGAGUAGAGUCUUUGGUCCAAGCUCUCCAGCAUAACAAAGGUGUCAAAUCAGUGUGGUUGAAGAACAAUCUCCUGAGCCCUGAGGAGGUUGAGGAGAUGACGCAACAAGAAUCAAGACUCGUCUUCUGA